AUGGCUGAUGAGACUAGCGAUGUGGGACAUCACGAACAUAUGUCUGUGGUUAUACGCUACUUUGAUGACGAAGCAUGUAAACCUGUUGAACAGUUUAUUGGCAUCCAACUCAUAGCUGUAUGUUUUGAUGGAGCCUCAGCUAUGUCUGGAAAAUUUAAUAGCGUACAGGCUAAAGUCAAGGAAAUUAAUCCAUGCGCAAUGUAUGUUCACUGUUAUGGCCAUUGCUUAAAUUUAACCUUGGUUGAUAGCUUAGGGAAUAAGAACCGGAUUAUAUUUGAUUUUUUUGGCUGUGUUCAACUUAUAUACAGUUUCAUUGAAGGAAGUCCAACGAGGCACGCUGUUUUUGAAAAAAUUGUUCAAGAAACAAAUUCUAAAUUGAAAAUUCUUAAGACGCUUUCAACAACCAGAUGGGCAUGUCGUGCUGAGGCUGUCACAGCUGUUGAAAAUAACUAUUCAUCUGUUAUUCAGUGUCUUCAAGAAAUUGCCAAUAGCACUAAAUAUUCAGAGGUAAGAGCAAAAGCUAAUGGUAUUCUUUAUCAAAUGAAGAGUUACAAUUUUAUUUUUGCACUUUAUAUGUUGAAACCUAUUUUAAUUCAAAUUCAAAUUGUCAGUGCUCAGUUACAAGCUCCCAACUUGGAUUUAUUGGGAGCAGUAUCUAUUGUUAAUGCUUUAAAAAAAUCUUUAGAUGAUUUUUGCAACGGUCUUGAAAAUCGUUUCAACCAGGAAACUUUAAAUAUUAUUAGUUCAAUAGGCCGCUUAAUACAACUGAAAGCUGAACAGUUUGAUAUUGAUUUGCUAUCUCAAACAUUUUCACUCAAUAGUGACGAAUUAGAAGGCGAGCAAAGUCUUCUACGUUCCAUGCCAGAUUUUAUACCAGGCACAUCAACUAAAACAAUUUAUCAAUGGUUGGAAACUUAUCAACAAGUCAACAUUUUUUAA